AUGUCUUCCGACUCGCAUCCACCUUCCCAAUCCCUGGGCCCCGAAUACCGUCCCUCAAAUCUGAAACCAACAGCUACCGUCUCAACUCCCCUCAAGCAGGCCAAUGUCCACAUCCUACCUCAAUCCCCUCAGCUGAUAGCAUUGCUCACCAACCGCAUAAUCCGUUUGCUUGUCGAAGAAGGCCUCAACCACCUGCCAACAGAGUCCCAGGAGAUCACCACCCCAGUAGGUCGCACCUACUCCGGUGUCAAGUUCGAGGGCAAGAUCUGCGGUGUCUCGAUUAUGCGUGCGGGGGAGUCCAUGGAGCAGGGUUUGAGGGACUGCUGUAGGAGCGUACGCAUUGGAAAGAUCUUGAUCCAGAGGGAUGAGGAGACUAGUAAGCCGAAACUGUACUACGACAAGUUGCCCGAGGACAUCGCCGACAGAUGGGUCUUGUUGCUGGAUCCUAUGCUGGCUACUGGUGGUUCGGCACUCAUGGCGAUCGAUGUGCUUAAGUCGCGGGGCGUGCCAGAGGAGCACAUUCUCUUCCUCAACCUCAUUGCCAGCCCAGAAGGCGCGCAAAACCUUGCGGAUAAGUUCCCCAAGGUGAGGGUAGUCACUGCCUUUGUUGAUGCGGGUCUGGACGAGAAGAACUACAUCGUCCCUGGACUGGGUGACUUUGGCGACCGUUUCUACACCAUGUAA